AGCUUACAAAACUACUUUUGUGGUGUUCGCAGCGCGUUACACACAAUUCGCACAUCAGCACUUGCUUCAAAUACUCAAGUCGUUGGGUUCCAGGCAUCAUGGUUGCAAAUCCGGAAGGGAAGGAAGGUGGGGCAGGAGGGGCCGCGGCAAGAACGACAAACAGCGGAGCGGAGAGGAAGAGCACGCAGAACACGCAGUAUGAUCAGAUUGGGACGAAGUAUUUGAAGAUCAAGGAGUUGCCUGCAGCGGAGUCGGAGGUGCCGAGUAUACUUGCUGCAUUGGGCGAAGAUGGGGUGAAGGGGAAGAGAUGUCUUGAUCUUGCCUGCGGUACAGGAAAAUACACGCAUCUCCUCCACACCCUCGGCGCCUCCAGCUGCACCGGGUACGACAUCUCCAGCACCAUGAUCUCCAGCGCGCUCGCCACCUACACACGCUCGCAAUACCCCACCAUGCACUUCGGUGUCGCAGACUGCAGCAUUCCCGAAUCACUCCCAACUCUUGCCUCCGACGACACCUCUGGCACCGGUGGCUUCGAUCUCGUCUUCUCAGCCUGGUUCCUGAACUACGCCGGCACAGAGACAGAAUUAACGAACAUGUUCCGUGUCAUCGAAAGCCAGAUGAAGGUCGGUGGGAGAUUCGUGGGUCUCACGACUAAUGCACACGAUCCUAACAUGCAUAUUCCGAAGCUCGACUUCUACGGCCUAGACGUUCUGGUCCUGGAUCCUGCAUACACUGACCCAGAAUCGCAACAAGUAUUGGGCAUAAAGGCGCGUGUGGUCGUUGGCGGUGGGCAAGGGUUCAGCUUCGAUGUUUAUCAAUUCCGACAGGAUGUGUAUGAGCGAUGUGCGAGGGAGGCGGGGUUGGAGAUAGAGUGGAAGGAGGUGGUUGUGCCGGAUGAUGAGAGGAGGGGAGGUGGGUAUUGGGCUGGGUACUUGGAAAAGCCGACGUUUUCUAUGCUGGAAGCGAGAAGGGUACUAUAGACUUGCGAUAGCAUGGCGAGUAUGGGUUCUAGGCAUCGAUGGCAGACCCUGACGGACCAAAUGUGCUUGAAUAUUGCACUCUCGUACCCAUAGUCUCGACCACCAGGGCCUCGAGACAGAAUCUGCAAAUAGCUCGAACAUUUGCUGGUAGGCCGGGUUAUCCUUAAACAUUCACUCUUCGGUUUCUUCUGAGAUGGAGAAACUAGAAUACUGGAG